UAUAAUUUUAAUCUAACGAUUAAGUCUUGUGAAGCAUAUACAAUUUGCAGUGAAAAAACUAUUUAAGUGUUCGUAAUUAUUUACAGCUUCACCGCAUCCUGACCUACUAUCAACGGCACCUGUACGAGCAGUAAUCAGUGUGUUUUCUUAUUACGUUUCGUGUAUCUAUUUCGAGUAGGUAUUUAUACGUACUUUGUGCCACCCAACCCCACUACAGAAUAAUAUUGCAUAGUCUACAUGUAGGCAGCUAUAAGCCAGGACGUACGAGUGCAUUCGUCUUGACGUCUUGACGUCUAACACUUGAACUAACAAUAAUAUCACAAUAAGUAACACUAUGGAACAGUGGAGAGGUAAGGUGGCCAUAGUUACUGGCGCCAGUGCUGGAAUCGGGGCUGCGAUAGUGGUGAAGUUGGCGGAAAAUGGAGUGCACGUGGUGGCGCUCGCCAGAAGAGAACACUUACUCAAGGAAUUAGCCGAAUCUUUAACUGACAAAAACUACGGGACUAUUUAUACAAAGGUAUGUGACGUUACUAACGAACAAGCUGUAAAAGAUGUUUUUUCGUGGGUAGAUUCAACACUAGGAGGUCCCAGUAUUUUAAUUAACAAUGCUGGGGUUUCGAAACUAUCGAGCCUUUUAAACGGAAAACUGGAGGAUUGGCAAGAAAUAUUGAAUCUCAAUGUUCUGGCAUUGAGCGUGUGUUCGAGAGAAGCUUAUAAAUCGAUGACGAAAAAUAAAAUCGAUGGGCACAUCAUUCAAAUAAAUAGUAUCUCCGGUCACAGCUCAACUCCGAAUUUUGCGUACAAAAUGUAUAACGCUUCAAAGCAAGCAGUGACGACACUGUGUGACGGACUUCGACACGAAUUACAAUUAACUGGAUCAAAAAUCAAAGUUUCGAGUGUUAGUCCAGGACCAACAGCAACAGAUAUGUUAUCAAAUAUCAUCAAAUAUGCCAAAGAUAUAACAACUUCAGCGGAUUUUAAAAUCCUCGAUGCAGAAGACGUUGCGAAUGGUGUAAUCGCCUCUUUGGCAACGCCGCCAAAUGUUCUUAUCGCUGAAAUGACUAUCAUACCGACUGGAUUCACAGUACAGAUGCAUUUCCAACCGAGUUCUCAAGUCGUGGAAAAUUCAUUAAGCUCAUAGUUUAUUAUGCCAAUGUUUGUUUCUCGUUAACUGGGAGAAUCAUUAUAAAAUAUACCAACAUAUUAUUAUUUUAAUGAGAGAAACAUUUACUACA